CUGUUAUGAGCACAUAUUCCGGGGUUCCCUCUGUGUGGUUGUCUGUCUGCCUGCUAUUCUGUCUGUUAGUCUGACUGCAGUGAUUAUAUCCCCGUAAACGGCCACUCACAAAGGCCUUGGCCAUGCCUCCGCUCCCUGCCCCCCACUUCCUGACGCUGCUACAGCUCGCGGUACUCACUUAUGUGGGUGCUGGGGCAUAUUAUGGACACAAGCAACAUCCUCAGCAGUACCAGCCGAUGCAGCACCUUCAACACAUGGGCGUGGCCAAAGAAGGCUUUCCCCAGCAACAGUACCUCGGCAAAGAAGUGCCCUACAUGCAGUAUCCCCACUAUAGGAAGGAGCUUCCCCAGAUGCCCAUGCACAAGGGCAAAGACACUGCUCGUAAAGGAGGCUAUAAAGGUGGACAAGACAAAGGCCAGACAAUCCCUAGUGGUGCUGAGGGAAUUCCACAAGGAGAGCAAGGCCCAGCUGGACCACCUGGACCAGAGGGAUCUGUAGGACCUCCUGGGCCUCCUGGACCUCCAGGGAACGGACUGCCUGGACCUGUGGGACGACCUGGACCUCCUGGUCCAACAGGAGGGCCUGGAGUAGGAAAACCAGGUUUGCCUGGAAUGCCAGGCAAGCCAGGAGCAAAUGGGGAGGCUGGACCACAAGGAGAAAUGGGCCCUAGGGGUGAAGAAGGGCCAGCUGGGCAGCCAGGGCCUCAGGGUCCCCCAGGUCCCCCUGGGAUACCAGGAAUAGGUAAACCAGGGGUACAGGGAUUACCAGGCCAACCAGGGCCCAAAGGAGAGCCAGGUCACAAAGGUCUGCCAGGACUACCAGGAUUACCAGGACCCAAGGGAGACAAAGGGAUGGGCCUGCCAGGACAACCUGGUCACAAAGGGCUUCCAGGCCCCCCAGGACCUGCUGGCCCAAGAGGGCUGCCUGGAUUUGGAAAACCUGGGUUGAAUGGGGCACCAGGGCCACAAGGAUCACCAGGAGAGAAAGGACAUCCUGGAGAGGUAGGACCAGCAGGCCCACCUGGUGAAGGAGGACCGCCUGGACCACCAGGUCUACCUGGUCAAGGAAAGCCAGGUCAAAAUGGCCUGCCAGGACAACCAGGCAUGCCAGGUGGGAAAGGUCAUCCAGGACCACCAGGUUUGCCAGGAAAGCCAGGACUACCUGGAUUUGGUAAACCAGGACUCCCAGGACCAAAGGGUGAUAAAGGUAUGGGUGGGCCACCUGGACUUCCAGGUCCAAAAGGAGAUAAGGGCCACGGUGGACUACCUGGUAUGCUUGGACCCCCUGGACCAAAUGGUCCACCAGGUCCUCCAGGCCCUAUGGGAACCCCAGGGGGUUUAGGUGCACCUGGUCCUAAAGGAGACUGUGGAGAAGUAGGACCUAAGGGGCUUGAUGGAGCCCAGGGUGAGCCUGGUGCCACUGGGAUACCUGGUAAGGAUGGCCUGCCUGGGGAGAGUGGGGAGCCAGGACCAAGAGGUCCACCAGGACCAAGUGGUGCCAAAGGAGACACUGGGCACAAAGGUCUACCUGGUAACCCUGGUCCUCAAGGACUUCCCGGGCCAAAAGGACAAGGUGGAUUACCUGGUGAAGUGGGACCUCAAGGUCCUAAAGGAAUCCCUGGAAUGGAUGGCACAGCAGGACCAAUCGGGCCUCCUGGUCUUCCAGGGACAAAAGGAGAGAGAGGUCUACCUGGUCCAUCAGGCAUUGCAGGUGAGGGUAAUCCAGGUCUUCCUGGCCCCAUAGGACCCCCAGGGAAAGAGGGCUCAUCAGGACCCCCUGGACAACCAGGUCUACCUGGCCCUCCUGGACCACCAGGCCCACCUGGAGCAUCUGGUCUGUCUCCUGACAUGGCAGGAGUGCUCUCUGAGAUGGGCCCAGCACUAGAUGGUGUUAAGGCUGGUGGUUAUGGUAAGAAGGGCAAGUAUGGAGGCAACGGGGCAGAAGUGAUGGGGGCCAGUGGGUUGGAAAUGCCAGCAUUCACAGCAGUAAUAACGACUCCCUUCCCGCCUGUGGGCACUCCAGUCAUCUUUGACAAGCUCCUGUACAACGGUCGCCAAAACUACAACCCUGACACAGGAAUCUUCACCUGUGACUUGCCUGGCAUUUAUUACUUUGCCUACCAUGUUCACUGCAAAGGAGCUAACGUGUGGGUGGCUCUGAUGAGGAACAAUGAGCCAGUGAUGUACACGUAUGACGAAUACAAAAAGGGUUUCCUAGAUCAAGCAUCAGGGAGUGCAGUACUACCUCUACAACCUGGGGACACUGUUUACAUUCAGCUGCCCUCAGAUCAGGCCUCAGGACUUUAUGCUGGGCAGUACGUUCACUCCUCCUUCUCUGGGUAUUUGUUAUAUCCGAUGUAAAACCACAAACUGCAGAGAGAGAGGCUUUAGUGAGAACAAAGUGGGAGCAUAUUUUGUAUAAUAUGAAACAUGAUCAUAAUUCACUUUAGAGCAGAGAUGAGAGGAAAAAUCUGAAGUCUGUAUGUACAGCGGCUUUUAUAUUGUAUAGCCUUAUAUCGCUGUAAUAGGUAGGAUAAAGAUGUUUUCUUUAACAGCUUUGAAUAUAUGAAUGUAUAAAAAGGCAUUCAAGAACACUUUAAAGAUGGCCACAGACGUGUUUUCAUACAGAAGAGUGCCAAAAUCCAAUAAAAGUGCAAUUUAUACGAACAUAUGUAGGGAACAUGUGAAGAGUACGCAAAAAAUAAGAUAACACAAACAGCAGUGUCAAACUUUGUCCCUGCACCUCUUCAAAACUGGCAGCUACCCCAUGUGGUGAAGAAUGUGAAAUACACUAGCAAACAUGAUGGCAUAUUCAUCUUGGUCAGACAUUUCAAUUUUUGCAUUUUUACUUUUGUACAAAUACAGUUUGAGUCUCUCUAUUGACAAUAGCAAGCGUGUAAAAUGACCUCGUGUGAGUUUUGGUAGAAGGUGAACUGUGUACACCCUAAUUCUGAUUUUCAAUGGAUAAUUUUCUCAAGCUCCCAUGUGGACUACCCAAAAAAUAAUUAACUGAAGGCCUUACACACACAAGGGACAACUGGUAUAGGUCGUAAACCAUUAAUUGCAUUUAAUGUGAUCACUUGUAGGCGCAAAAAUAAAAAUACAAGGUCUAAUUACAUAAUCACACACAUGUUAUAUGACAAUUGCUCCCAUGAGUGAGAUUCAAAGAGUAAGAAUGUAAUAUUAAUUUUAUGUUUUAAUGUUUGUUAUAGGUUUAUGGAUGUAAAGGAAAUGUUUUGUACAAAAAUGCAAUGUCAAACAAACACACCAUUUUGCCCUGAACUAUGAAAAACCACUCUUAAUGCUAUAAUAAACAUGACAUCACAAUAUAAAGAAGAGCCAACACUCAUCGGCAUCUCUGUCAGUAACUGAACUGAAGUAUUAUACAAUUAUAAGUUACACACGGGUAACAUCAGAAAGCACAGACCCUGCUUACGAACACAUACAGUUGUAGAGAUGUAACUACAAUACAAUGCUUUCAAUCAGGGAUUAAGAGAUAAGAGAUAAUGACUGCAUUGAGUUUCAUUUCAAAGCAAAAUCAUUUUAGAUGUAAAAUACAACUAAAUGUAUUCUUACUUACUCCAGCAUAAAAACAAAAUUAAGUUCCCCAGCAUCUUUGGUGAGCUACAGUUUGGUAUGUAUAUGGGGAAUAUCACAUAAAUUUUGAUUUGAAAGUCAGUCAAAAUAAGUAUUAGAUGUCACAGUAAUUCAUAACAACGGUUAUGUCAAGAAUUUAUUACAUUAUCUGCCGGUCACCUACAUGCAAUGACAAGGACGUAAAGCAUGACAAUGUUUAAAGGAAAAUAAAUGUAUAUUUCUCAUUUUAACAAUGGUGCUAAUAUUGUUGUAA